AUGAGCCACACUAAAUGGAGAGCUUUCCUGAGUGGGGCCAGCUUGGCCUGGCUGGAGCCAAGAGCGGAGGUGCUGCGCUCGAGCCAGCUGUUGGCGAGGCGCUGCAGCAAAGAUUGUCUCCAGCUCGGACCAGCGGCGACUCAACUUCCAUCUCGCUCCGCGGAGAAAGAGGCUGUUCGACGGCAACAGUUUCCAGGUGAACCUUUUGUGGACAGCUACUUGGAGCAGAUCUAUCCCAGCAACUACGUUGCUAGCCCUCAUUCAGCCGUCACCACGAAGCUGCUCCCAUCAGAGGCAGGCUCGCGGGCGUCAUCGCCGCAGCUCGGCUCGGGCAUGCGCGCAGGUUCCGCCAACAGCCGCAGCAGCUGCAUCUCCAUUUCCAGCCAAGGGUCCUCAUCAUGGAAGAUGCAGCUGAAAGGUUCUCGGCAGAAGUUGCUGGAGAGAUUCUGUACCACCAAGCGCGCCUUCGAUGCAUUUCUUGGGACCAUCCGUGAGCUCAAGCGACUUCGAUAUUGGACUGGCGACAUGCUGGACGUUGAGCUCCCGCAAGAGCAGUUCUGCGCGUUUCUGACCAAGCAUUUCAAGAACAUCCCGAAGGAGGAUCACACCGGCAUCUUCCGCUUUUUCGACACGGAUGGGAGCGGCGAGAUCUCCCUGGGCGAGUUUUACGCUGUGAUCGAGGCGAUGUCCCCAGUACGUUGCUUGGCCGACCUUCGCUGCAGGUGGAUUGCGCUGGGCUAUGGCUCAGCGUGCCGGGCGAUGGAACUCAUGGCGCCACGAGCGAAUUGGGCCUCUCGACGCUACAAUAGUCACCAAUUCGGGUAUCUGUUGAGCAAAGUCGGUGUGCUGGAGUGGGAGGAGCACCUUUACAUCUUCUCGGCAGUCGCCGCACCGAACAUGGCAAGCACGGUUUCCCUUGCCGAGCUGUAUGCGGCCCUGAGCUCUGUCUCCCCAUGUCUGCUGCUCGAAGAAUGGCGGCAGCGCCUGGAGACGAUAUAUGCCGAUGUUGACAAAGCCUAUGACCCCAUGGAGGACAUUGUCACACAGGCACCUCUUGAUCAGAGCAAGUUUGUCGCCCAGGCCGGAGAACACUGGAAUAUGUCCGUGCAUGAGGCAAAGAGGUUCUUCAGGCUCUGCGAUUAUGACCUGAAAGGGAAGAUGACAAGGAAGAAGUUUCUGACCGUGCUCAAGCUUGUCAAGCCUACGCUCAGGAUGGAGCAUCUGAGGAGCAAGCUCAGGCUGUUCUAUGCGAAGGUGAUUCGCAAAGUCCGAUCUGUGAAUAAGAAGGCAAGCCUAGAGUCGUUGGCUAUGACAAUCGUCAGCAACUUCCUGCAGUACAAGCAGGACCCAAAGAUCUCAAGAAAGGUCGUCCCAGACGACUUUCAGAGGACAUAUGACGUCCUGCAGCUCACGGAGAAGGACACCGCGCUCCUCUUCAGCUUCGUGGAUCUCAGAGGUUCGGGCAAGCCUGAUCCGAUCUUCUGGCACAUGCUCAAGAACUUCUCGCCCUCCGUUGUCCUGGAGGACUUGAGCGUGCUGAGUUCCACAGUUGCGACCACGGCCCUCAAGCAUGCGCGAGAGGCUCAGAAGCUGCCAGCGUGGCAAGCGAGGCACCUGGGCUUGAACCGCAACCUGACCCCAGAGCUACAAGCGUGGUCUGAGUUGGUCGAUGGAAGCAGGGAGUCUUCCUUGCUUUCGGCGUCGGUGCCUGGCUUGGCAGCAAUGGCCGCCGCCUCCCGGAAGGAGGCAGCCAUGCUUGCUCCCCUGGCCGCCAUCUCCUGUGGCAUUGGAGGCGGCCUUGGCACGAGGCCUUUGGCCGAAGCCUCCAAGCACCAGCUACGGCUCCCUGAGGCGAGAAUCACGCAGGUGCUGUCAGAAGUGUAUGGUGAACUUGCCGGAGUUGAGGUCAAGGCUUCUAGCCUGCUGGACCUCUUGGAAGACUCAAGCAGUCAAGGCAUACCCAGGCAUUCGCCUGUGGGAGGCAUCUCAAUUCCCGAGCUGGCGGCGAUGGUGGGCUGCGCAGCUGCUGCAGAUGGCAUUCCAGCAGAUGUGUCGUCCGAGGGAAGGGAGGCCCGUGCACAGCUCGAGGCGCGGGCGCAUUUCGGGCCUUUCACCGACUUUGCGGUGGACCUCCGGGAGGAGGUGCGCGAGCGCGUUCGCAUCAUGGGCUUGCCAAAGCCGCUGCCGAUGGGGAGCCUCGAGGAGCCGCUGAGCUACUUGAAUGCCAGCAGUAAGCUGGUGGAUCAGGUGAGUGCUGAGGAGCCGCUCGAGAUAGAGGGUGCCCGCAUCACCGAGGCAAUCAGCGAAAAGCUUGAGACUUUGAAGCUCGUAAAGGAUGACAGCCUGCGCGAGUCUCUGUCGGCAGAGGUCUGCGCCGAGGAGACUGCGAACCUCGUCCUUCUGCAGCAGACUAGCAAGACGUCUGCGGUACAGCAUGUUCCGGCGGGCUCUGAGCAAUGGCGGUCGUUCUAUCAGCUCAUCGAGGACUGUUCAAGCUAUACUCCGGACAUCAUGAUGAUGAACAACAUGAAAAGCUACUUCCUCGACAUGGGUGGGCUGGUGGAGGAUCAAGAGGCAAUGCUCGCCAAGAAGCAGCGCUUCUCGCAACUCAAGCGACUGAGAACAGCACCUUCACUUGGCUCCCUUCAGUAG